AUGGCCCAAUCUCUUUCCUCACCCGAGCAGAAAGUACCGGAUCCUAGGACGUUGCCUCAUAAGCAGGAAGCGAUGAUCCAAGCAUGCAAAGAUGGUCAGCUCGAUAUCUUAAAAACGCUGUUCGAUGAGCUCGGCGCCAAAACGAGCGAGGAUUCCACGAAGCACCUCGAAUCGCCACAAGACCUUUUCGCAGCGGCGAUUUCCCACGGACAGCAGUCCAUCGUCCGUUACCUACACUCGAUGUACCCGGCAUUUGACUUUUACACUGGUGCAGUCGUCGGUGCGCUCCUCAAACGAACAUUCGACCUGGACAUGCUUCAGUUGAUUUGUUCCUACUCGGCCGAGGUCGUUACCUUUGAAUAUAGUGACAACAUGACGAGCAUCUUGAGUAAAGCUUGUGAAGGUGGUGCCGAAAACGCGCCAUUCGUCCGCAUUCUUCUGGAUCACGGAGCAUUCGAAGGUGGCAUGCCAGGCAGCUACACAUAUCGCGUUGGUGCAGCGCUGUUGCCAGCCGUUCAGCACAACCAACCCCUGGACAUCAUCAAAAGGAUGGCUUCGAAGACCACCCAGCUGUCCUAUCCCAUCUUCUCUGCAAUCGAGCGCAGACGCCCUGACGCCCUGGAAGUACUCCUGAAUGCACGUUUGAAGCUGGAUCGGGACGACUACGACCUAACACUGGCUCAGCAGUUGCUUGGUGACGCGCAAGCAACCCAAGACAGACAACUGAUUGCACUGGUGGAACAAUAUAUCGAAAGCCUGGAACGGCAAUCAAGCAAGUCUGACAGCCGAAGCACCGACCAGACUUCGAAAGGCGGCAGGAAAUGGUGGCCAUUCAGUACACGAAUGGAGAAUAAAGACGAAAAGGCCAAAGAUCCAAGCAGCUCGGCAGAUGGAAGUGGCUCAGCCAAAUCGUGGUGGCCAUUGUCGAAGAGUGGAAGCAAUCCCACCCCUGCCAGCAAAGAAUCUGUGGAACAGCAGCUCGACGACUCGAGUUCUGAUGAAGACACUACAAAACAAAAUUGA